AACAGUGCUGGCGACCAUGUCGCAGCGGGCUAUCAGGUGGCCAGCUGCGCCAGGCAGACCAUUUCAGUCAGGGGGCGGGAAGGCCGCGGUCAGCUCGCGGCGCUCGGCCUCGGGCCGCGCCAGAUCAUCGGUGGCCCCAGCGACAAUCGCUCGAGCACAUUUGGCAGAGGCCCAGAAAUUCAACAUCGUCGAAGAGAUAGGGGCUUCCGCAUUCGAGGGCGACCUCAAGAGCGAGAAGCCCGACGGCGAACUCUCGGGCGAGGUCGCGCCUGCAUUCGGGGCGGAGGGCCUCGGGGGGGCCUGGGUCAAGCGGCGAGAAAGAAUGGCCACGCAGGACAACGAAGACACCGCCCAGACGUUCAGCAUGGAGCUCUCCAGCGAGGCCCCCGAGAAGGCGGCGAAUACCCCGGGAAGGUCUACACAGGAGCGAGAGGCCCACAAGAGACCGUGGCGCGACGCGCGCGCCGCGGGCAGGGCGCCCGAUCCUGGCCACCCCUCGAUGACAGAAGAGAACCCGCAUGCAGUACCCGUGAUCGAGCUUGAUGACGCAAGCGCCAGCGGCGUGGCGCUCUUGGAGUACGUCGCCUCUCCGGCUUUCCUGGGAGCCGACCUGAAGUGUGACAGGGUGGCUAGACCCUUCGACGUCAUGAAUGGAAUCGUCGAGAG